AUGGCUCAACCACCUACUCAAUCGCGCUCAUACAGCCAGGCCUACAUCCCCAACGGCACUCCCGCCCAAGCAUCCGGCCCCGUUCCCGGAGCGACGCCACUUCUCCCUAACCAAGGUCGCGUGGUGCAGGCCGGUGGCGCCAGAGUCCUCUGUGUCGCCGACAACGACAUUGCCCGCGCCCCGGCCCAAUCCUCCAUCAAGGAGCGCUUCCAGCGCGAGAAUCUGCCUCUGUCAGAACUCCCGCAAUUCCUGAACGGCACCUACACACUCGAGAAGCCUGUCUACACAGUAUGGGGUGCAUGCGAAGACGUCUCGGUUUUGGAGAAGCUGCGCUCGGGAGAAUACAAGAUCAACAACCUGUUCGUCAUUGAUGAGUCGCAUGCUCGCCUGCUCGACAUUGGCGGUGUCAAGUUGCGCCUGUUGGGUCUCGGAGGUGCCGUUGUCAUGCACAAGCUGUUCGACAACGGUGAGGGUCGCACCACUAUCGCUGGAGGCCAAGGAACAAUGUGGACCACACUUCUGCAAAUCGGCGAGCUCAUCGACACAGCCAACCGUGUCUACGAUCCCACCGAGACCCGUGUCUUCGUCACCCACGCAUCACCCGCCCGUGAAGGUCUGCUGAACCAGCUGGCCGUGGCACUCAAGGCUGAUUUCUCCAUCUCGGCCGGCUUGCACUUCCGUUACGGCAGCUCUUACAACGAGUUCAGCGUUAACCCUACUCUGGAUCACUACCGCGGCAAGCUGGCCGCUUCCAAGGCCUCUUUCAACGAUGUCUGGGAGACUGUCAAGAGCGAGGUCGAGCCUGCCGUUACCGAAAACGAGUCGCAACAGCGCCUGCUCAACAACGCUCUUGAGUUGGUUUCCAAGAUGCCCUCUGUCGCAAACGGUGGCAAUCCCUUCGGCGGUGGCUACACUGGUCCUCAGGGCGGUGUCGUUGACGAGAGCGCCUUCAAGAACAUGUGGAACUUCAACUUGGCCGAUGCCGCCUUCGGAUGGCUGCUUCUCGACAUUGAUCAGGGCAGAAUUGGUACCGAGAUGAAGGCUCAGGGUUUCAACUUCUCGCACCGCGCCGGAAAGCCUGCUCAGCGCCCUGCACAGCCCGCACAAGCAGCUCAGGCCCCUCAACAACCUACCGCUCCGGCCACCGCAUCAGCACCUACACCUAGCAAUGCUGCUACACCUUCAGGCCCUGCUGCUGCUGUUGUAUCGACUCCUGCUUCUGCAAACGCACCUUCGCGUGGUCCUGGACCACACCAACCCUCUAGACCUCCAGUCGCUACUCCUCAACAAGUGCCCUCUCCCGCACCCACCAAGCCCGCUGCAACCCCUCAGCCUGCAGCCCCGACCAACGGCACUCCCGCCCCUGCAAAGUCUGAAGAGAAGACUCCCACUGCCCCUGCCGCCGAUGCUACUCCCAAGCCUCAGGAGCCUCCUAAGAGCCAGUCCAUCUUCAUUCCUCCCAUUAACGGCACCGAUGAUGAGGCCGAGGUGCGCCAAAUCUUCAGCGAGGAUGAUCAGAAGAAGGUCACCAAGCUGGAGAGAACUAGCAAGGGCUUCUGGAUUGCACACUUCAACUCGCCCGAAGAGAUGCAAGAAGUCCUCAAGCGUAGUCCUGCAUCAGACAGCAAGUACUCAACACUGAGAAUCAGCGAGUUCAAGCAACGCCCAGCCCGUGGUGGAUUCCAGGCUGGUACUUGGGGCAGCUCACGCACAGCAUCGGGCCAGCAGAGCGGAUACCGUAGUGGACAAUCCGACAGCGAAGGCGCACGCAGUGGACGUGGCGGCCGUGGAGGACGCGGUCGUGGUGGUCUGGAGCGUGGCGGUGGCCGUGGUGGCAGAGGUGGUGCCGGCCGUGGACCUUCAUCGGGCGCAGCCCCUGGUGGCGGCGAGGCUCAGGCAUGA